AUGGGACGAGAGGGAUGGGCGGCGGCAAUUGUUGGUAGUGUUGGACAGGAAUGGGAUGUUGAGAGGAGAUUCCGUGUGACAGAGGUGGCAUUGGCUAUUAUGUGGUGCUGUGCAUCUGCAUAUCUUUCCUACUUCUUUGCUGAUUGCAUGAUGUCUCGAUGGCUUUUAAACUACACCCCACCGGCUGUUGUGAUCCGUCUUCUAACAACAAACGGCUUGAUUGCAUAUAUUACUUCUUGGGUCCUCUAUCUAUCUGGUGCAUCCUCUGACCCGCGACUCCUGUUACCAGCAUGGAUCUCCAUAACAACCUCUUUAACCUUUGUCUACCACGCAACACAAAACCAUGCUACUAUCAAGCGAGAAACAGCAGCGUCGCUACUAGUCGUCUCUGUCGCAAGCUUCUUAAGCAUGUCCUCACUCCUCAUGCAACUGCAUCUGACCCGUGAAAACGAACCAGAAGUGCCUGUCUUCGUCAUUACCCGCAAACUUUGGGACUGGGCUGUGGCUAUCUUCCUACGCAUGCGAGUUGCAGAUGACCGUAUUGCUGUUGGAGAGCUGUAG